AUGGCUCAUCAUAGUUCAGAGGAUCCCGCAUGGGCUCAUGCCCGUGCAGGUGCUUCCUCUGCUUCUGUGGCCUCUGCCCCUGCAAGAUCAGAUGAUCCCGCUUGGGCUCAUGCUCGUGCAGUGCCUAAUGCAAAAAAUAACACUAUAUGUUUGCAUUGUAAUAAGUUGAUUAAAGGGGGUGGUAUUACUAGACUUAAGUAUCAUCUUGCUGGGAUUAGGGGUCAAGUUGAACCAUGUAAAAAGGCUUCAUCUGAUAUUAGGUUUCAAAUGAAACAAAUGAUUGAAGACUUGAAAAAAUCUAAACAAACUAAAAAGAGGAUUCAAUUAGAAAUUGGGAACCCAUAUGAUAUUGAUGAGGAGGAUGAUGAGGAGGAGGAGGAUGAUGAGGUUAGGGUUGUUGAAAAGAGUCCCCCUCAAACAUUAGGUAAACGAAAAUCUAGGGGAAAGGAUGUUGACAAUGAUGUGAGUCAAAUAAGAGGAAAGAAGAAAAUUAAGAGUUAUUUUGCUCCUAGAACAACCCCCGGUGCUCAACCCUCUAUAAGAAGUGCUUUGGCUACAAAAGCAAUGAUUGAUAAUGCAAAAAUGAGUGUGGCAAGAUGGUGGUAUCAUUCUAAUGUACCCUUUUAUGCAUCUCAGUCACCUUAUUAUCAACCUAUGAUUGAUUCCGUUGCUGCUAUUGGGCCGGGAUUUAAGGGGCCUUCUUUUUAUGAGUUGAGGGGACCCCUUUUGAAAAAUGCUGUCCAUGAAGUUAAUGAUUUUUUGUUAGAUAUAAAAAAUGAUUGGAAAGUAUAUGGUUGUUCACUGAUGUCUGAUGGGUGGACAAAUCAAAAGCAACAACCAAUAAUGAAUUUUUUGGUGUAUUGUCCAAGGGGAGCCAUGUUCUUAAAAUCAAUUGACACUUCAGGCCUUACAAAGGAUGCUGAUACUUUGUUUAAUAUAUUUGAUUCUGUUGUUCAAGAAAUUGGUGUGGAAUAUAUUGUGCAAUUGAUUACAGAUAAUGCUUCUGCCUAUAAAAAAGCUGGAAAAAAAUUACAGCAGAAGUAUGGUACUUUGUUUUGGUCUCCUUGUGCAGCUCAUUGCAUAGACUUGAUGUUGGAGAAUAUUGCUAAUCCUAGGUGGUUCCCUCUUAUUGAUGAAGCAAUUAAAAAGGCAAAAAAGAUAACAAAGUUCAUUUACAACCAUGGAGUUGUUUUAGACUUGAUGAGGCAAGACUUUACAAAUGGAAGAGAGUUAUGUCGUCCUGCAAUUACAAGGUUUGCCACUAAUUUCUUAAGUCUACAAAGCAUGCUAAGGUUCAAAAAAGAGCUUAGACAAAUGUUCACUUGUGAUAAAUGGCUUUCAUGCCCUCAUGCUAAGACCGCCGUUGGGAAGGAGAUAAGUAAAAUUGUUUUGGAAGAUUAUGCAUUUUGGUCUCAAUGCAAGCACAUAGUGAAAGUUAGUGAGCCUUUAGUUAGAGUACUUCGUCUUGUUGAUGGGGAUGAGAAACCUGCUAUGGGGUAUUUGUAUGAAGCAAUGGACAAAGCAAAAGAGGAAAUAAAAAGAAGGUUGAAGAACAAAGUUUCUUUGUAUGGACAUUAUGUUAGAGUUAUUGAUACUAGAUGGGACAAACAACUUCAUAGUCCUCUGCAUGCAGCAGGUUGCUUUCUUAACCCUGCAAUAUACUUUAGGCCUUCAUUUAAAAGGCAAAAUGAAGUUCAAAGAGGGUUGCUAAGUACUCUAAUGAGGUUGGUUCCCGAUCCUGACAUUCAAGACAAAAUAAGUUCACAACUUGAUGAGUACAAAAAAUCAAUUGGUGACUUUGGCACAUCACUAGCAAUCCGCCAACGAGAGAGACUAAAUCCAGUUUCAUGGUGGGAGCAAUUUGGACUUGGAGCUCCAGACUUACAAUCAUUUGCCAUUCGUGUGCUAAGUCAAUGUUGUAGUGCAACCGGUUGUGAGAGAAAUUGGAGCACAUUUGAGUAUGUUCACUCAAAGAAGAGAAAUAGAUUGGAACAUAAACGAGUAAAUGAUUUGGUCUUUGUCCAUUAUAAUUUGAGGCUUCGAGAAAGGAACAUUCAAAGGAAUAAAUAUGCAAUGGAUCCUAUAAGCUUGGAUAACAUUGACUUGAUGGGAGAUUGGGUGGCUGAAGAACCUACACUUCUUAAUCCAGAUGACAUAAAUUGGGAUUGCCUUAAUGAAGUGAAUGUGGAAGAGGAUGCUGAAUUUGAAACUAUUGAUGUUGAUGAUGAUGAUGAUGAUGAUGAUGACAACAACAAUGAACAUGUCUUGACAAAUCUUCCAAUGGGUGCUAACUUAAGAGUUAAGAUUAAAUGA